AAUUUUUAGUUGAAUGUCUUAGUAAAAUAUUUUUGAAAUGAAAUCGGUAUUAUUUUAUUUGCUUUUGUACAAUUUAUUUUAUGUAUAUAAUUGUUUAGAGAAACAGAAAUUGGAAGAUACAACUAUGGGGACCGAUUUUGACGAUGAUUAUAGAGAUGCCACGAAUCGUCCAUCGACAAAAGUGCCAGGUCACAAAUUAACGUGUCUAACUUGCAAUAAUGUGGAUACAAGAGCCUGUAGCAGACCAUCACAAAAAUUUUUAUAUACGGAGAAAUGUAAGAGAACAACUGAUAGGUGCCUGUCUAUUCAUACGCCGUUUGGGAUUGUCACACGCGGAUGCUAUGAUAUAUCUCGCAAGCAGGUUUUAUACUUCUGCGCUGCCGAUUUAUGUAACAAUAUACCGGUGAGGGAUGUACUCCGACGUUUGAACAUGGGCAACAAGAAGAAAUGGGUGCAAGAUGUCGCUGACCUAUCGCACGCAAGGCGUCUGAGGCAUACUACUAAAAAGGGAUUGAAAUGCUUGUCUUGUAGCGUGUCCUCAGAUGACUCUAAAAGUCCAGAACUAAAAUCUGCCUGUUGGGAAGGUACAGCAAGUUUCAGAUUCGGGAUAUCGACAGAAGUUUGCCAAGAAAAGGAUGUGUGCGGUAUUAGAGUAAUGAAAUUCUCUGGCAGUGUGGUACGCGGAUGCUGUGAAGUCUCAAGUGGGCUCGAGAUCUUUUCCUUUACGUACACCAACCCAGUGGGAAUACUCGCUGCAGAUAGCAGGAUCCUCGUUUUGCUAUGCGAAAAUGGUCUUGUGCGGUAUCUCCCGAAAAUAAACGGCCGUCUUAUAAAUACCAGAGACUACAUUUUAAAGAACACGUUUUGGAUAUAAGAAAAAACAAAUAUGCAAUCAUCUCGUCACUGAUCCUAACAUCGAAAGCCAUCCACAUUCGGCUCACUGCGAACACAAAUUAUAGAAUAUGCAGAUAAUAUUUUCAUCUACUUUUAUUUC